AUGGCCGCCAGAAAAGGAAAGACCAAGGAAGAGCAGCCGUCUUUGGCCCUCGGACCUCAAGCUCGUGAAGGAGAAAACGUUUUCGGAGUUGCUCACAUCUAUGCUUCCUUUAACGACACCUUCGUUCACAUUACCGACUUGUCUGGACGUGAAACCAUCGUCAAAGUUACUGGUGGUAUGAAGGUAAAGGCCGACAGAGAUGAAGCUUCUCCUUACGCCGCCAUGCUGGCUGCUCAGGAUGUCGCUGAACGCUGCAAACAGGUAAAUAUUUCUCAUUUUUGUCUCUGUUUAGAAUCAGUCGAUUUGAAAAAAAUACUGCGAAAGCUUUAUGCGUUCCUGUUGUUUAAAAUUUCAAUACAAUUUUCGUCCCAUUUCGACAUUCUUUUAGCUCGGAAUCACUGCCCUUCACAUUAAACUGAGAGCUACUGGCGGAACCAAGACUAAGACUCCAGGGCCUGGAUCCCAAUCUGCACUCCGUGCCUUGGCUCGAUCUGGAAUGAAGAUUGGUCGUAUUGAAGAUGUCACUCCAAUCCCAACUGACCGCACACGCAGAAAGGGUGGACGUCGUGGUCGUCGAUUGUAA